AUGCUAGGUUACGAGUUGAGUAGCAGAGAAGGCGGCUUUGGUUCUGUAUUCCGGCAUGUGUAUAAUAACCGCGAUGUAGCGAUCAAGCACAUGCAUGGUAGCCGCCAUUCGUCGUCUUCUGAUUUCUAUUCAUUCUGCUCUGAACUGAACGCCUUCCGAUUGCCUCCAUCACCAUUUGUCGUUCAAACUGUAGCAUUUACUUCCGGCAUUUGUAUGCAGGUUGUAACUGAAUUUGUCGAAGGGCGAAAUCUUCGACAGCUUAUCAACGAUGAUAACUGGAAUACUAGUGAUGAGGAGCGUUUACUGCUUGGUUUACAGGUAAACGCAAUUUUUUAUUUUCUUGGGAACAGCUCAAGCAAAUCAUUUUAUUUGGAAAAGGAUUGA